CGACUUCGUUCAACAAAUGAGUAUAAAAGCCACAUCAACUUGGACAGACAGCAUUAAACAUAGCUAGACAAUUGAAGUAGCAGGAGCAGAAGUACUCAAGCCACAGUGAUUAAUUAUACAAAAGAAAAUACGCAAACGAAAUGAAAGCCUUCUUCGCACUCACUCUGCUCGCCGUCACCUACUUCGCCAGCACCAGCGCAGGCCUCAUUGGACAUGGUAUUCCUAUUCCCAUCGAAUUGGAGGAAAACAGCCCACCACAGUAUGAAUUCCAUUAUUCCGUGCAUGACACUCAUACCGGCGAUGUUAAGGAUCAGUUCGAGCAUCGUCAUGGCGAUUAUGUAACCGGCCGUUACUCACUCAUUGAACCCGAUGGCCAGCGUCGUGUUGUGGAAUAUAAUGCCGAUCCCUUGUUGGGCUUCACUGCCCAAGUGCAUCGGGAAGUGCCAGUUAUACGUCAGCUGCCCUUACAUCGUCAUUAAAAUUUGCCAGCAGAAAAAGUAGUAGUGACAUAUAUAACUACAUAUGUACAUAUUCUUACAACUAUAUACAUAUUAUUUAUGUCGACAGUUCUGUAACGCAUCUGCAUUGAACCGAAUACACAUACACUUACACACGCAUGUACAUACAUACAUAUUGAACCAUAUAGCAGAAUUUUACACAGUUGUCCAGAUAACAUGUUGGGCAAAAACUAGCAGAGUAUUGCAGGCAUGUAAUGUGGACGAUCCUUUAUAUACAUACUCUUAUAAUAAAAUACAUACAUAUUCCAUAUAAGAGCUUUGAUCUACACUUUGAACUCAUUGCUACACAUACCAAUACACAAACAUUCAAAAAUAAAUGAAAUUAUUUAUGCAAA